UAUACUGCAAACAGACGAUUAAUCUUCAACGUAUAGUUGUAUAUAUUUAGGCCAAAACGUAAUAUCAACACCGAUAAAGAAGACAAUGAAGGAUGUAUUGUAUAAACUUCCCGCAAUAUGCGAGUCUCCCAUUCUGGCGGGAAAACAUGAGGGAACAGAAGAAAAUGAUGAAGUGGAGAAUACUCAACGUUUUCAAGAGGUUGAGAUGGCAACACACGAUGAAUGCAUUGGAUAUUCUCCAAUCCAUGAGUCAUUUGUAUCUGUUGGGGGAAACACUUCAUUGUUUACAGAUGAUGAGGGUGAUGCAUCGGAAGAAAAUUCUGAUGAAAAUAACAGACAACAUGACAUUUCCUAUUCAGCCCUGCAAUAUUUGAAUGCUGACAGGGAUCUAGAAAGUGAUGAUUCAGAGACAAGCAGUCUGGAAGAUAUCGAUUCAAUCAUUAAUAAUUCAACUGCUUAUAGUGAAGAUGAAAGUGAAGAUAGUUUAGAGGAAGAUAUGCAUAUUGACUAUGAAGAUGAGCACGACUACAAUGGUGGGGAUUUAAGUAGUGAUGAUGAAGAUAAGUGGAUUGCAUUACUACACCAUGUCUGCAAUGAGCAUGAUUGGAUAGGUGGAUCUUGUGACCAUGAAGAUGGUGAACACGACACAAGCUUGCCAUGGUUUGAUAACAGAGAUGCAGACUUUAUUGAACUUCAAAAAGUCAUUUUAAAUCCUGACCUGCUUGCAAGCUUCAAGUACUACACACAAUUCCGGCAUACAGGCUCCAUAGAAUGUGCAAACAGUCUGAGCUUAGUAUAUACUCCAAAAAGAAUGCCAUUCAGUUACAGAGCAUUCAAGGCAAGAAAGCAAUUGACAGCUAUAGAUUGGAACUUUCACAUUAAUCUCCCACAAGCUAAGAACAAGAGUACUGGAGAUGUGAUGGUCACACGGAAAUACAACCCUAGAACAAGAAAAUGGGAUGUAAAGGUUGUGAAAGUGGAAAAGGGCUAUGACUACAUCCCAUUACUAAUUGCAAAGGUUUUCAGAAGCAGAGAAGAUGAUAAUGACAGUGUCACACGAAGUGUGCCUCUGAAUGAAAGUGACCCUGGCCUUAUUGCCCAAACAAUUGCACACAUAGUCCCACCUCCCACAAAAGAAAUUCCUAAAAGAAGUAGAUUUGAACACAAGAAAUAAGUAUCAUUAACUGUUGCU